GAGGAUGUCAAAAAUAAAUACCAAACUGGACGUAAAUCAAGCCCAUGAUCAUUGUGAGAGGUGUGACUUUCCAAAACUGAAUUCCAAUAAUUGUAUGCAGCCGCACAAAGCUCAUAACAAAAUCAUUGAAACAGUUCACAGCUGAGAAGGGACACCUGAAGAACAUUGAACAGGAUCAUGGCACCCAAUAUUGGUGGCAUUACGGUACGGUGCGGUGUGAUGUGUUGUUGUAGAGGUCCUUCCUCCCGACCUAAGAGUAAACCGUAAACCGGUCCAUGAGUCUGCGAACCUGACCGUCAACUCGGCUGCAAGGUUAUAUAUAAAACCGGCGCCGCGAUGGACAAAGCUAUCAGUGCUCUUCGCGGAUACGAGCAGUACACCCGCACACGUCACCAUGGUCACAUCCGCACUAAUGCAGACGGCGACUGCCGCCUGCCUCCUGUUGGUCACCGCAUACGCAUACGAUUUCAGUGAUCCCUACUUCAAUGAACACCUUCAGAGCGCAAUGGAGGAGAUCAUGGAAGAAGAAAUGCUAUCAAUCGGCCGCGUACAGAGAGACGCAGAUCAAGGUCAGGAAGUUGCCGACGAGUACUUCAAAUGUAAACACAGGAAUCUCAAGACAUGUUGCGGUAAGAUAAACUUGAUGAAGAACUAUGGCGAUAAAGGAAAGAUCUACGGCAAGCAAUGCUAUGAGGAAGUUGUCAGUGCAUUCAAGACCAACUCUUCCUCAACAGCAGAUGAUGAUGACAGUAUGAUGGACAUGUUCUCCUGCGAGAAAGUCAAAAUGAUCAAACUGAAGCACAUUUGCGUACAUGAAUGUAUUGGGAAGAAAACAAAAAUCCUUAAAGAGGAUGGCUCCCUGAACCCGGAAGAAAUCAAGCAGUACGCAAGAGAGUACAUGUUUAAUGAGGAGUGGUCCAAGGAGCUGGGAGAAAAAGCGCUCGACAAAUGCUUGUCUCAAACUUACAACAGUGUAACUAAAAUGCUGGACGAAUAUGAGAUCAAAUGCAACCCCUCUUCGGUUCAGUUCCAUCACUGCCUCUGGAAAGAAAUUGAGUUGACCUGUCCUGAAUCAAAGGUUGAUCUGAAAGCCAAAUGUGUGAGGCUUCGUGAGCGACUCCGUAAACAACAAGCUGCUGGAAUGUAGAAUACUAGAUUUACGGAAAUAAUCGACUGAAUGAAUCAAAUUUGCAAUGUCAUUUUUCAAUCAAAACAACAGAUAAUAGUCAACAUGUAGAAAAAUUGGUAGUUAUAUUUGCACUUGUGAUCUAUUUAUAAAAUAAAAGUACUUAUAAUAAUUA